AUGAAGUUAUUUAGUGUUGGAGUUUCUGAAAAUACUAGCCAUGCAAUCAGUAGUUAUAAAUCUUCUGGUGGAUAUUAUGCUUAUGCCAAACCUACAGAUGAACAUAAAAGAAAAGCAUUAGAAAAUGUUCUUAACAAACUAAUUACUAAUACAUCAUCUAAUAGAAUAAUGCAAGAUUUUAUUAACUACUUUGAACCUGAUAAUCAUGAAAAUUCAUCAUUUGAAGAUAAUAGAAAUUCAAGUGAUGUGGAUUUAAAUAAUUCUGUACAGAAUAAACAUAAAUUUUAUGAAAUGUUCUAUAUAGCAAAAGAAGUUUUAAAAAAUAAUUCUUACAAAAAAUCAUUAACUACUGAUGAAAACAAAUGA